AUGAUCAUAAUCUGCACUUUGAUUCUCUUGCUACCCUGCUCGACAUAUUCAUUGCUACUGGGAUGGGUGGAGUCUCCAGGGUAUCCCAUGGGUUACUUACCUCAUGCCAGUGUAAACUGGAGUAGAUGCGCUCCCAGAGGACACACCCUGUCCAUCAGGCUUAUCCACCUGGACCUGGAGGAAAGCCAAGACUGUGAAAAUGAUGCAGUAAAGGUGUUUUCAGAUGAAAGCCCAAUAGCUGUUCUGUGUGGCAAAAAGGAAUACAGGGAGCUUCAGGAAACAGUGAAUCCAUCGCUCAUCUCCUCCCCGGGUGGCUGCCUCACCCUUUUGUUUCACUCUGACUAUUCAAACACGAAGAGACACACCGGCUUCAGAGGGCUUUAUACUGUUCAAGACUUUGACGAGUGUCGGGAGGACCCAAACAAUGAAUGCACCCAGUUCUGUCACAACUUCAUCGGAGGAUACCACUGCUCCUGUAGCCAUGGUUACUUCCUAGCUGAGAACAAACACACCUGCACAGUGAGUUGUGCUGAAGACCUGUCAGGGCUGAGCAGAGGUGAAAUAUCCAGUCCCUUUUGGCCUGAGACAUACGCAGAAAACGCCAACUGUCGGUACAUCCUGUCUGUGGAGGAGCACCUUCAACUGGAGCUGCACUUCUCUGAUGUUUUUGAUGUGGAACAAAGCAAUGACAGUCAAUGCAUAGAUGCUCUGAUCAUUGAGACUAACCCCGGGACUCUGGGGUCGUUCUGCGGUAACAAACCUCCUCCAUCUCCCCUUCUCACUCACUCCCAUCAUGUCCAAAUCCGCUUCAUGUCUGACGGUUUCGGCUCCAACAAAGGCUUCAGCCUCCACUUCAAGACCAGAGAUAAGGUUUGUAGACCAGAAGUGACCUCAAACUCCAUCAUGACUCCUCAGGAACCAGAAUAUCAUCGGGGACAACAAGUGAAAGUGACAUGUGAUGUUGGCUAUGCUGCAAAUUUAGACCAGGCCCUGUUAACACAGUAUGAGACAACCUGUCAGAGCACAGGCACAUGGGCUCCCAUUUAUCCCUGUGAAAUUGUGGAUUGCGGUGUGCCGCCGAUUGGAGACAAUAGCAUCCUUCAGUUGGUGGACUCAGUUCAACAAAGCACCACGUAUAACGACCAGAUCCAGUUUCACUGCAAUUCAAAAUACUACAAACUGGAAGGAAAUGGCACAUACACAUGUCACGCCAGCGGUGAAUGGGUAUCAGUGGACGGCAAGGAAGGGAUGCCAAUAUGUACUGAAGUGUGUGGGAUUCCUGAAAAACACUCUUCAAGUUCAGGCAGAGUUUUGGGAGGAAAUAAUGCAGCACUGGGAGAAAUACCGUGGCAACUUUUAAUAAAAGAACCAAAAAGAGGAGGAGCUUCGCUGAUAAACGAUCGCUGGGCUGUCACCGCUGCACAUGUAGUGACUGGAUUUGGAGGAACCUUACAACUCUCAGGGGGACUAGUAUAUGAAUCAUCGACUAAUGCAUCUGUCAUCUACAGUGAGAAGAUUAUAAUUCAUCCUGGCUAUGAAAAUAACGAAGAAACAAAUUUUGAUAAUGAUAUUGCUCUUAUAAGAUUCAAGUCUAGAGUGAACUUGGGUCCAAACCUCCUUCCUAUUUGUUUGCCAAGAGCAAGUAGGGGAGUCAUAGAAAAUGAACAAGGCACAGUGUCAGGAUGGGGGGUUACUCGCGAGAAUGAGAAGUUUGUCCUCUCACAGGUUUUACAAUACACUCAUAUUCCAGUUAAAUCCUUAUCCAUCUGUGAAGACACACCUACCGCUAAAAACAAAAAAGGGACUUUCACUGACAACAUGUUCUGUGCUGGAGCAGAUGGGAAGGACAGUUGUCCUGGAGACAGUGGCGGUCCUUUUUUUUCACCCAUGCUGUCUUCAAAUGGAGGACCUCAUUUCCUAAUUGGCAUUGUGUCCUGGGGACCCAAGUGUCGGACUCGUGCCUACAAGGGCUAUUACACUAAGGUGGAGAAUUAUUUAGACUGGAUUCAAAAAACAAUUGAAGCAGAAGAAAACCAACUUUUGCUACUACACGGGCAGAUUAGAUCACUCAUGGAUAAACUCAGUCUCAGGAUGGGGUGGAUUUCUUUUACUGUCUGGUUUCUGUAUGUGUUGGUGUGUGAAAGCCUUCCGCUGCCUGACUCAGAUCUUCCCAUGCAUGGGGAGGUCCAUUCCUCCCAGUAUCCUGAGCCGUAUCCCCCAAACCUGCAGGAGCAAUGGGACCUCAGUGUGCCAGAGGGCUUCCAGAUCCGACUAACCUUCACACAUUUGGACAUCGAGGCGUCUGCUGGCUGCUUUUAUGACUCACUUACAGUGCUUUAUGGUGAAAAGCUGCUCUGGAAGUUCUGUGGCAGUGUGAACUCUACUGACGGGCUCCACCCAGGCUACGAGCCCAUUUUGACUCCAGGAAACAGAAUCACCCUCAUUUUCCAGACAGAUCACUACAAUGCAGAGCGCCAUCAGAACGUGGGAUUCUCCGCUCAGUACCAGGCCAUAGACACAGAUGAAUGUUCGGCACCAGAACCUGAAGAUGCAUCAGGUCCUCUCUGCUCUCAGAUCUGCCUCAACACACUGGGGUCAUAUCUCUGCUCCUGUCACCAUGGUUACGAGCUACGCUCUGACCAGCGUACCUGCACGUUAUCUUGUAGUGGAGGUAUAUUUGAUGAACCAGAAGGACAUCUGUUCAGUCCUGGUUACCCAAACGUUCUGCCUCACACUAUGUCCUGUCAGUACGUCAUUUCUGUAGAAUCUGGCUUCACUGUCGCUCUUAACUUCUCUGAUAAAUUUCACAUUGAGAGUGUGGACACAGAGGAAGGCCCAAAAUGCCUCUUUCACUGGCUGGAGGUGAUCAUACCAAACCAAGAGUCCAUGAAGUUGUGCGGUGGAACAAGCCCAGGACUGAUAGACACAAACUCAAACAUUGUUACGCUGAACUACCACACUGAUGAUCACGGACUGAGCAACGGUUGGAGCCUGGACUACAGCACCAACAGAGUGAAGUGUCCACUUCCUGGUAAUGUAGUUAAAGGCAGGGUCACUCCCUCUCUGACUGAAUACUUCUACAGAGACUACAUCUACGUGCGCUGUGAUCAAGGAUACAAGCUGAUGGUGGAUGGUCAUGAAAUUGAGAGUUUCUCCACUAUUUGCCUAAACAAUGGACAGUGGCACCUCCCUCUACCUGAAUGCCACAUAAUUGAUUGUGGUGAACCUGAACCUUUGCUGAACGGAGGAGUGGCUUUCCAGUCUGGCUUCAAGAAUCAGUAUCUUUCUGUUGUUGAGUAUCACUGUGAUGAACCAUUUUACGUCCAUCUUGGUGGCAUUAAUGCUACUUUCACUUGUGAAGCAGACAGAAAAUGGAGAUCCAACCAUGAAAACAUUUUCAGUCCAAUAUGCCUUCCAGUGUGCGGUCGACCAACAAAACAAAUCAAUGACUUUGAAAGGAUUAUUGGAGGAAAAGAUGCUCCAGAACAUACCAUCCCCUGGCAAGUGUUGUUAAAUGUAGGUGGCAACAGGGGAGGAGGUGCAGUCAUAGCAGAUCGCUGGAUUCUGACUGCAGCUCAUGUGGUGGUAUAUAAUGGACAAAAGAUACAAACCAACGCUGUAGAUAUUUACAUGGGAGGCACAGAUGUUCACAGAAUUGGAACAAGCCUUUUGCAUCCUGCUUCAAUCCAUGUUCACCCUGAAUACAACAACGCUGACAAUUUAAACUUCGACAAUGACAUUGCACUGGUCAAACUGCCAGACCCGAUCAGGUUCAGUGCAGCUAUUAUGCCAGUGUGUCUGUCAGCAGAGGAUGCCACAUAUGUCACAGGCAUGAUAGGGCAGGUUUCAGGCUUUGGUAUUACCAUUGAGAAAGGCCGGCAGAUGUUAACAAAUAAGCUGAAGUAUGUGAAGCUUCCUUUAGUGAGUCAGGAGAUAUGCAAUAGUUCAAUCACAAUGAAGAGAAGUAUGUCCGACACACCAACACUGACAGAUAACAUGUUCUGUGCUGGAAUUCCUGAAGGAAAGACAGACUCUUGCAAAGGUGACAGUGGAAGUGUCUUCACUUUGACUGAAAACGGACAAUUUUGGGCUGCUGGAAUUGUCAGCUGGGGGCUCAAUUGUGAACAGAAGGGAACAUAUGGAGUCUACACCAAAGUUGAUAAUUAUCUGGACUGGAUCAACAAGGUCAUGCAGGAGAAAUAA